AUGGCUUCGUCAACAGUCGUCUUGUAUGGGAUUGCGGUGGCUGCUUUAGCCGUUGUCGCAUGCAACGCCGAAGAGGAGAUAGUUGUGCCUGGUGGUUGGCAGAAGCACAACGUGGCAGACAAUGCCAUCUACGAUGAGCUGGCGCACUUUGCUGUCUCCAAGCAGGUGGCAAACCGGGAGUUCUUCGACACCGUGCUCAAGAUUGUCGAUGUAGAGAGCCAAAGAAUCAAGGAUGUCUGCACUGCCGCGAUCACUGAUGUUCCCUGGACGAAGCCACGGAAGCAAAUAUCAAAUAACUACUGUGGACAUGUCCUGGCCUUCACCAGGCUCGUAAUCGCCCCCUACGAGUCCUCCACUGCCAUGCCGGCUGACCACCUGCCUUAA